UGAAAAUUUAAAUUGGUUUGGUAUCUAAAACUUGAAUGAAUUUUGUUUAGGGCGCUAAUUAUCUAUUGAGCGGGAAUUAAAAAUAAUAAAUACCAAGGUGGAAGGAAUCAUAAAAAGGGGAAAUUUAUGGUGAUCUUUAAGUUACCAGCAGUGUCUGAAUCAUUAUGUCCUUUUACUAUCUGAGUCCUGUGAAAGGAGAAAUGCCAGUACAUUUGUUGGAAACUAUAAUUUUAAAGAGACUUGAGUACCUAACUGCUAUUGCAAAGAGUGAGACCACAGGAUUUAAUGAGUUUGUGAUAGAAGGAAGUGUUUAUGAUAAUGUGGGACAUUUCAUGCUAUGCAUUAUUACAAAUCUAUACCAAAACAGAGAUUUCACAAAGUUUUUCUUAAAAGCAGAAACUGCACUGUUUAGGAACCGUUUGAAGUCCCUUUCAGCUUAUGAAUUAAGAUCUUUUGCUAAGAAAAUUAUGCAGAAUUUAAAAAAAUAUGACUUCCUGUACAACCCAGCUUUAAAAUUAAUAUGCCAGCAUUUAAUACUAAAACAUGUAUCACAUCACCUCUGUUCAGAAGAUCAUGAAGAGUCCUGUGGCAUGUUUAACAUAGAGUUAAACUUUCACCAUUGCCUCCCACUGGUGGCCAGCAGGCAAGUCGAGUUGCAGCACGGUGUAGCCACAGUACCAUGUGGAAGAUGGAAAACCCUUUUAAUAAUACAAUUUCAAAAAAGAUUGCUCCAAAGAAUUCUUAAUAAAGACAUACCACAUCUGAGAAAUGAUCCAAGAAUACUUGAGAUAUUACAGAAAAUAAAGAAUGAGAAUUUUAAUUUUACUUCAUCUGCAUCACAAAACACUUUAACGAGCAAAGAUGUGGAUAAAACUUCCAUUAUGUUUCCACCAUGUAUGUUAAAUCUACAUUUAAACCUAAGAAAACGACAUAGACUGUCCCAUGACCAGAGAUUUUAUUUUAGUUUAUUUUUAAAAGACAUUGGUAUGCCAGUAGAAGAGGCGAUAGAGUUUUGGCGUCAGGAAUAUCGGAAAGACCCUUCUGGUGGCUCCUGCUGCCAUCACUGGGAAAGAGAUGAGAAGAAGUUUAUUUAUGGAAUCAGACACAUGUAUGGGUUAGAAGGCGCUAGAAAGGAGUAUUCAUCAGUAAGUUGCCAUAGAAUUCAGACAAACUCAAAUGCGGGUUGUGAAGGUGGAUGUCCAUUUAAAUCUUUUGAUCCACCAAUUAUGGCUAAACUACUAGACACAAAGGCCUUGGAUACUCCAGGUUUUUUGACUGAAAUACACGAUUUUAAAAGAAAAGGUGACCAUAUUAGUAGUUGCCUGCAUUACCUGAAGAAUCGAUUUACUAAGUCUGUAAAAAUCUGUGAUAAUAAUGUUAGUUUAAAUUUUACGCCUGUUAAAUAUUAUGAAUUAGCUAAUAAAUACAAAUGAGCUCCUUUUUAUU